CAAAAUUUAAGCCCACUUCUGAGGCAGUUGAAGUACGGAAGCCGAGAAGUAGAUAAGACCAAGAAGAAGAAGAAGAGAGAUGCUGAUUACGUUCAGUGAAGCUGCUGCAGCUUCUUGUUCUUCAUGUGCUUGGCCUCUUAGCUCGAGCGUUUCUUCCUCCAAAAAACUAUCUUCAACACUCAGAAAUCCCAUAUGCAGAGCUUCCGUUCAAAGACAACCCAACAACUCCAUCGCCACUCCCUCUUCUUACUCUCUAUCUCAAAGCUGUGAAAGCUCAGUUUUUGAUCCCUUGGGUGUCAAUCCAGAUGUAUGUUCUAGUUUAAAUAGCGCUUGGGAAAGUUUUGUAAGCUUGUUAUCACCAUCAUUUGAGAGCACUACAAAGAAGGAAAAAUCUUCUUCAGCUCGAGGAUUGGCAGCUGCAAUUGAGGACAGUUCCAUUGAUUUUGGGGACUUCUUCAAAGGCCCGUUGCCUGGAAAAUUUCUUAAGCUCUUGGGACUUUUGGCACUAUCCAGACUCGGAAUAUAUAUUCCUCUUGGUGGAGUUAAUCGAGAGGCUUUUGUGGGCAAUUUGGAUCAGAACAGUCUAUUGGGCACAUUGGAUACAUUUUCUGGGGGAGGCAUUGGUAGACUGGGAAUAUGCUCUCUUGGUAUAGUUCCCUAUAUCAAUGCACAAAUUGUGUUUCAGCUUCUUGCCCAAAUAUAUCCCAAGUUGCAAGAUCUUCAGAAAAGAGAAGGUGAAGCAGGAAGAAAGAAAGUAAAACAGUAUACUCAAUAUGCUUCAGUUGGGUUUGCGGUAGUACAGGCAAUUGGUCAAGUACUUUUCCUUCGUCCAUAUGUCAAUGACUUCAGUACACAGUGGGUUCUCACAUCUGUUACUUUAUUGACUCUUGGCUCUGUAUUGACAACAUACCUUGGGGAGAAAAUCUCUGAUCUAAAACUUGGAAAUGGAACCUCACUUUUAAUAUUCACAAACAUCAUUUCCUACUUGCCUGCAUCUUUUGGUCGGACUGUUGCACAGGCAUAUCAGGAUGGUAACUAUGUUGGGCUGGUUGCCAUCAUUAUUUCGUUCUUCUUGUUAGUCCUUGGUAUUGUCUACGUUCAGGAAGCGGAGAGAAAAAUUCCGCUCAACUAUGCCUCAAGAUACAGUAGCAGAAGUGGAGGGCUUCAAAGAUCUGCAUACCUACCCUUUAAGGUAAAUAGUUCUGGAGUGAUGCCCAUUAUAUUUUCAACAUCAUCAUUGGCUCUUCCUGGAACUCUUGCACGAUUCACUGGUAUGGCUGCACUGAAGAAGGCUGCAUUGGCUUUGAAUCCAGGGGGUUCUUUAUACCUUCCCACCAACAUCAUGUUGAUAGCUUUCUUCAACUACUACUACACUUUCCUACAAUUGGACCCUGAUGAUCUCAGCGAACAGUUGAAGCGGCAAGGUGCGUCAAUUCCGUUAGUCCGACCGGGUAAAAGUACAGCUGCAUUUAUUCAAACGGUUCUUAGUAGGAUAUCUGUGCUGGGUUCUGUAUUUCUAGCGAUCCUUGCAGCUGGUCCUUCGGUUAUUGAACAAACCACCCACUUGACUGCAUUCAGAGGAUUUGCAGGAACUUCAGUUCUCAUUCUUGUUGGUUGUGCAACAGACACUGCUCGAAAAGUUCAAGCAGAGAUCAUAUCGCAAAAGUAUAAGAACAUAGAGUUUUAUGACAUCGACAGGUAUGGUUCAUAAAACCUGGAUCAGACAAAGGACCAGGUAUCAAACAAAAAACUUUAUAACAGUAAUAUUUGUCUGUAUGAUGGCUUUCCCUGAUAGAAGCCAUGGUGAGACAAAGUUUUAGAUGUAUUUUGAUUCGGUUAGCCAUUUUUUGCUGUACAUUUAGGCGGUAACUUAUACAUGUUCUGCCUCAAUAUUGUUCUUUUGAAUUACUGAGAAGAUAAUUGGAAUGUGAAGCAAGAGAUCCUAGUUUCCCUGCUAAA